AAUUGAACAAAAAAAAAUCAUCGGACGAUUCAGUUUUGGUCAUCAAUCGCAGUGAAGAAGGAAGGAAGGGAGGACCCUAAAUCAAAUCAAUGGCAUCGAUUUUGGCUCGCAGGUCACUGAAUACUCUCCGUGCUCGACAUCUCGUUUUGUCAGGGCAAGCUUUGCAGGGUUCUCAUCUUUCUAGACUGCAGUCCCGUGGUAUAUCUUAUGGCAGCAACAAAGAUGAUGAAGAAGCAGAGCAACUUUCUAAGGAAAUCUCCAAGGACUGGAAUACUGUCUUUGAACGGAGCAUAAACACCCUCUUUCUCACUGAAAUGGUCCGCGGUUUGUCGCUGACCCUCAAGUACUUCUUUGAUCCCAAAGUUACUAUCAAUUAUCCAUUUGAGAAGGGUCCACUGAGCCCUCGCUUCCGUGGUGAACAUGCUCUUCGCAGAUAUCCUACCGGGGAAGAACGCUGCAUUGCCUGCAAACUCUGUGAAGCUGUAUGUCCAGCUCAAGCAAUCACAAUAGAGGCAGAGGAGAGGGAAGAUGGAAGCCGCAGAACCACUAGGUAUGAUAUCGACAUGACAAAAUGCAUCUACUGUGGUUUCUGCCAAGAAGCUUGCCCCGUUGAUGCAAUCGUCGAAGGACCUAACUUUGAAUUCGCAACUGAGACACACGAGGAACUUCUCUAUGACAAAGAAAAGCUUCUUGAGAAUGGAGAUCGAUGGGAGACUGAGAUCGCUGAGAAUCUGAGGUCGGAGAGUCUCUACCGCUGAACCAUUAUACAACACAGUCUUUGCUUCAAGUUUUUUUUCCCGGGAAAACAUUGUCGUUGCUUCUGUUAGAAAUAAAGAUGAGAUCAUAUGCGUGUGAAAAACUCUUUUGUGCUGUGUAAUUGAAUUGUUUGUAACCGAGCUGAGUUUGAUUUUCGGUUCAAUGAGUUCCGGUUUAAGUGUUUUCGGUUUGGAGAAA